GAGCCAUGGGCCAGGGCUGCGGACACUCCAUUCUCUGCCGGAGCCAGCCGUACCAGGCGGCCGCAUCUGACAUCCGCGGGUUCCUGCGGGCGGGGGACGCCGCUCCCGGCCCCGAGGCGCUACAGGAUGCUCUGCUGAGCCUGGGGGCUGCGCUUGAUGCCACCUCCCUGCGCGAUGCCCUCCGCCAUGCCCUUGUCACCCUGCUGCCCGCCGUGGAGCACGUCUACAUCUACCUGCUGGAUGGGGACACACGGCUGCUCUGCGACGACCCCCCCCACGAGCUGCCACCCAACGGGAAGCUCAGAGAUGCUGUGCAGAAGCAGAAGCGGCUGGAAUGUGGGGGGCUGCUCCCUGCCGAGCUCCCUGGCCGGCACCUGGGACCCCUGGCAGCACCCCUGGCCCCUGGCACACAAGUGCUCAUCAUCCCGCUGGUGGACAAGAACAGUGGGGCUGUGGUUUGUGUCAUCCUGGUACACUGUGGCCAGCUGAGUGACUCAGACGAGCAGAACCUGCGUGCGCUAGAGAGACACGCCCUGGUGGCAGUCCGGCGCCUGCAAGCCCUGCAGAAGCUGCAGCCCUGGCCCCAGGUCAGCCUCUCCACCAGCUCCUCCCAGACCUCUCUGGCCAAGCCUGAGAAGGCACCUGACAGCAGCUAUAGUGACCUGGACUGCAAGAUCCUACAGCUCUGUGGUGAGCUGUAUGACCUGGAUGCCGCCUCACUGCAGCUCAAGGUCAUCAACUAUCUGAAGCAGGAGACCCAGUCUCUGUGCUGCUGCCUCCUGCUCGUCUCUGAGGACAACCACCAGCUCUUCUGCCAGGUGGUGGGAGACCGUGUCCUGGAUGAGGAGAUCAGCUUUUCACUCACCUUUGGGCGCCUGGGGCAGGUGGUGGAGGACAAGAAGCCCAUCACCCUGAAGGACAUCAGUGAGGAGGAGCACAAGCAGCUGAGCAGCAUGCUGGGCUGCGAGGUCACCUCCAUGCUUUGUGUCCCUGUCAUUAGCCGGGCCACCUCCCAGGUGGUGGCACUGGCCUGCGCCUUCAACAAACUGAGUGGGGAGAGCUUCACAGACACGGACGAGCACAAGAUCCAGCACUGCUUCUGCUACACCUCCACAGUGCUCACGAGCACCCUGGCCUUCCAGAAGGAGCAGAAGCUCAAGUGUGAGUGCCAGGCCCUGCUGCAGGUGGCCAAGAACCUCUUCACCCACCUGGAUGAUGUCUCCGUCCUGCUGCAGGAGAUCAUUACGGAGGCCCGGAACCUCAGCAAUGCUGAGAUAUGCUCUGUAUUCCUGCUGGACCGGCUCAGUCACGAGCUGGUGGCCAAGGUGUUCGAUGGUGGAGUGGUGGAUGACGAGAGCUACGAGAUCCGCAUCCCAGCAGACCAGGGCAUCGCUGGGCACGUGGCCACCACUGGCAAGAUCCUGAACAUCAAGGAUGCCUACUCACACCCGCUCUUCUACCGCGGGGUGGAUGACAGCACCGGCUUCCGCACCCGCAACAUCCUCUGCUUCCCCAUCAAGAAUGAGAGCCAGGAGGUCAUUGGGGUGGCAGAGCUGGUCAACAAGAUCAAUGGCCCUUGGUUCAGCAAGUUCGACGAGGACCUGGCCACUGCCUUCUCCAUCUACUGCGGCAUCAGCAUCGCCCAUUCCCUGCUGUACAAGAAGGUGAAUGAGGCACAGUACCGAAGCCACCUGGCCAAUGAGAUGAUGAUGUACCACAUGAAGGUGUCUGAUGAUGAGUACACCAAACUGCUGAGCGAGGGCAUCCAGCCUGUGUCCACCAUUGACCCCAACUUUGCCAGCUUCACCUACACACCACGCUCACUGCCUGAGGACGACACCUCCAUGGCCAUCCUGAGCAUGCUGCAAGACAUGAAUUUCAUCAACAACUACAAGAUGGACCGUCAGACGCUCACCAGGUUCUGCCUGAUGGUAAAGAAGGGGUACCGUGACCCCCCCUACCACAACUGGAUGCACGCCUUCUCCGUCUCCCACUUCUGCUACCUGCUCUACAAGAACCUGGAGCUCGUUAACUACCUGGAAGACAUCGAGAUCUUUGCCCUCUUCAUCUCCUGCAUGUGCCACGACCUGGACCACAGAGGAACAAAUAACUCCUUCCAGGUGGCCUCGAAAUCAGUCCUGGCCGCGCUCUACAGUUCAGAGGGCUCUGUCAUGGAGAGGCAUCACUUUGCGCAAGCCAUUGCUAUCCUCAACAGCCAAGGCUGCAACAUCUUUGACCACUUCUCCAGAAAGGACUACCAGCGCAUGCUGGACUUGAUGCGGGACAUCAUCCUGGCCACUGACCUGGCCCACCACCUCCGCAUCUUCAAGGAUCUCCAGAAAAUGGCAGAAGUGGGAUAUGACCCCAAGAACAAGCAGCACCGCAGCCUGCUGCUCUGCCUGCUCAUGACCUCCUGUGACCUAUCUGACCAGACCAAGGGCUGGAAGACUACCAGGAAGAUUGCAGAGCUGAUCUACAAGGAGUUCUUCUCCCAGGGUGACCUGGAGAAAGCCAUGGGGAACAGCCCGCUGGAGAUGAUGGACCGGGAGAAAGCCUACAUCCCCGAGCUGCAGAUCAGCUUCAUGGAGCACAUUGCCAUGCCCAUCUACAAAUUGCUGCAGGAUCUCUUCCCCAAGGCAGCGGAGCUCUACGAGCGGGUGGCCAGCAACCGGGAGCAGUGGACCAAGGUCUCCCACAAAUUCACCAUCCGGGGGUUGCCCAGUAACAACUCCCUGGACUUUCUGGAUGAGGAAUAUGACCCACAGGUCCCUGACCCCCAGCUCAAUGGCUGCCUGGAACCUGAGGUGGGGCAGCCCACCGAGGCUGGGGCCGAGUGAAGAAGACGGCGGGGGGGCCACAGCCAUGGCUGGGCUGGGAGCAUCCCCAAGCCUCAUCCCCCAGCUUAUGGGGAGGAGGUUUGAGGGAAUAUCAGUGAAUCUGGACUACCACAGCAAGGGCUGUGUGCUGCCAGCAGCCGCCACUGGUCCUUCCCCACCACUGAGUGACUAUCUCCUCCCUCCGGGGCGGGUGUUCAGGUGUCCUGUCCACCCAGUAGUCCAUGGGACACUGCCUUGGUGGCUGGGAGCACCAAGGGACACGGUGGGGCUGGGGGAUGGAUGUGCUUUAAGCUGCCUUAAGACUGCAGGUCCUGUCCCCAUGGGGUGACAAUAAGAAUGAUGUCCUUGGUGGAAGCACCCAUAGAGGGCUCGGUCACCAUGACAUGGGUGUGCAUGGGUCAGGCAGGACAGAGGGGGAUGAUGUGGGGCAGGGUGGUGAGGGGCAGUGGGAGAGCUGUGGGGUGGCUGUACAGCGUAUGGGGGAUGUUAUGGGGAUCUGUGGGGACCAUAGAUCAGGUCCACGGAAGAAAGUUGGCUCCAGCUGGAGGAGGGAAGACACCAGAGUGGGAUGGCCAUGGCCAUGGGGAUGUGCCUGCAUCCCCUGCUGGGAUCCACACUAGAGAACUAGCUGCAGCCUCUCCCUAGCAGCUGCUGAGCAUCCUUUGGCUGAAAGCCCCACCCCUCCAGGACCUCUGAACCCACUCACCCAUGGAAGGGCUCAUAUCUCUCACACAGCCCAGUCCCACACAACCACACAACCACAUCCCCUACAAGGGCUACACACUUGCCAAGGCUGGGGGUCCUGCUGCUGGUUUGCAUGCACAGGGGAGGGAGGCUGUGCUCCACAGGGGGUCCAUCUGGUCCCACACAUCACCUUCACCUUCUGGUCCCAUACAUGUCCCUGCCAUAGGUAGAGGAACAUGGGUGUUCCUCUGAGGUGUCCACCCGGGAGCCUCCUCACUGCAAGCAGCUUCUCUGCUUGGUGACCAUGUUGUGAGCAUCCCUAGCUCACAGUGGCUUCACAACUCCUGCCAUACCAACCUCUGUGCACGGAUCCUGCUGGCAUUUUGGGAUCCUUCUGGUCUUGCAGACCACUGGACAUGACCCUCAGUGGUCUCCUGUGGUCCCUCUGGUCCUGCAGACCACCAUGCAUCGACCCUGCUAUUUUCCUGUGGUCCUUCCAGUCCUAUGUGGCACCAUGCAUGGAUGCUGUUGGUCUACCAUGGUUGAUCUGGUCAUGCAUGGACCCUGGUGUUUUCCCACGACUCCCUCCUUGUCCUGACUGCCAUGCAUGCACCCCACCAAUCUCCUGUGGUUUCUCUGGUCCUGCGGACCACCGUGCAUGGACCCCAGUGCUCUCCUCUGUGUCCUACAGACCACUGUGCAUGGACCCUGCUGCCCUCCUGUGGUCUCUCCAGUCCCACAACCCAACUCAUAUGGACCCUCUCAGUCCCAGGGGCUCCGCCAGCUCCCAGGGUCCGAGCAGCUGUACGUGAUCCUGGGCUCCAUCACCCAGCCAAGGCCAUCUGAAACACCCAUGAGCAGGGGAACUGCUGGGGCAGAGCUGAAGAGGGGGCUGGGGCUGAGUGGGUGUGCUCAGCAUUGGGGGAUUAGGGUGCACUGAGCCCUCAGGCUGCAUCAUCCAGCUUGUGGGGGCUGGAUGAGUCCAACACCACAGCAGGGAAAGGUGACGGGAGCAGCAGGGUAAAAUUCCGGCACUGCUGUCAUUGGUGUUGGUUCUUUUGGGAUCAAGAGUGCACGUGGGGCCCUUUGCCACCCCAUCCCCACUGCUCUGCAGUAACCCAUGGCACCAUCCCCAGUGGUGCCACAGCGGUCCCUCCUGGAUUUGGGCUGCACAGUGGCUGCUUCUCUCCUUGGCUUGUCUGUGAGCGAUGACUUGCCUGUGUUCUCGGGAUACCUGGAGCGUGUGUCUGCAGGAGCAAUGGGAGACCUCAACACUGAGCUGCUCCACGUGGCUGAAGUGGCCUGAAUUCCUUUUGCCUUACCUACUCGGAGAUGCCUUUAGUGAGAUGCUUUGCCCGAACCCUGGUGGGGCCCACCUGGUGACUGAGUCUGUCUGCUGGCCCAUGACCCCCUUAAGCCCUUCCCCCCCUCCCCACACUGCCAUAGGGGGUGGGGAAGGUCCCAGAAGGCAGCAAACCCCCAAGCUGCAAGAGGAGGACAGCAGCUCCAUCCCUGUCGUGACACUGGCACAGCCUUGGUACCAAGGUGCCAGUAGGUACAACUGUUCAAAGACAGUCCCUGCAUCCCAGUGCCGCCCAGGGAUGCCUGACAAUGCACAGAUCUCUCCAUCCAACAGAUGUGGGGGUGUCCUGCACUUGGGUUCUGCACCCCGGGUACCACACCGUGGUGGGGGCACGCAGGGAUGCCCUUUUCCCAGCCGUAUCCCACUUUUCCAGCCCCUGCUGCUGGUGUGUGUAGGUAGUCAAUGCUUUCCCAGCUCCUGCCCCUGUAUAUACCCCUCUGGAUACUGAGGAGUGCAGCUCACAGCCAGCCCAGCUCACCCAGGAGUGUGCACAGGCGUGUGUGGGUGUGCAAACCUCCUCCAGCUUUUCUGUCCUUCUGUCUUGCGGCACUGGUUGUUCUGGACUCCAAUGGAGCCUAAGGAGGAGAUGACUUCUCUUUCUUCCUCUCCUCCUUCUUUUCUUAUUCUCCUUCUUUUCUUCCUCCUCCUUCUCCUCUUCCUCCUCCUCCCACUACUGUUUCUCCUCCUCCUGCUCCUUCUUUAUUAUUAUUUCUCUUUUUUUGGUGGGUUUUGGUUUUCCUAAAUAAAUUUCAUAUGUCAACCUUCCCGUGA